AUGUCCAGAUAUCACGAACACAAACUUUUUCUCUGGAUCGAGGGGUACUUUCCAAAGCGCAUUGCCUAUUACCUUCUCUCCAAGGGUCUUUGCUCUUCUGUGGAACAGCUAUAUGAUGGAAAGACCAACGAAGCCAAUCUGAAGAUCGUGCGCAUUACUUUUACUGGUAAUGGCUUCGUGUCUGAGGACCCCGAUGAGCCGUUGCCAUCUGGCACCAAAGUACCCGCACUUCGACUUGACGAUACUGACAGCGGCAAAUCGAUCUGGAUCUACGAGACGUGGAGCAUCAUCAACUAUAUCGAAGAAGUUUUCGAUAGCAACAAAUAUCGACAAAUUUGGGCUACGAAUCCCAUCGACAGAGCCAUCACCCAAGACAUCCUCGGCUACAUCGCCCUCGCCACAGACUCAGGACGAAUCUGGCUAAUCAACUGCGCUCCAUACAUGGCUGCCUUCUGGAACAUCCCCGAUUCGGAGGUCAGCCUCGCAGUCGGUCGUCGCGCUCGACGUGAUUUUGAAGGGCAUUUCAAAACCCUGCAAAAUGUAGCUGCUAACAAUGUCACCAAAAUGGGCUGGCUUACGCCUGCGGCUGACGGAGGUCCGGGCAUGGCUGACGUGAUGCUCGCUGCGACGGUGAGACAUACGGAGUUAAGCUGGAGUGAGUUUAUUCUGGAGGAUGAGGAGCUUGGUAGGUUGAGGGAGUGGUAUGAGAAGUUUAAGACGGUGGGGUUUUGGUAUGAGCUGGAAGAGACGGGGCGGUUCCCUAAGAAUGCGAAACGGGCACCCACAGCAUCAUCAAUCACCAUGACGAGAACAACGCUAACUCACAUCCCCCUCGCCUAUCGCGUCCUCUUCCUUUGGUUUGAACCUCUCGCCGCAUUCGCCGGCUCCUUUGUAAUCUGGUUUUCCCCCGAAAUGUUCCUCAACACAAUGACCUCGACCGCCAAAUUCGCUCCCGACAACCGCGUAAUUUACAAUCAAGUCGCAGCGACCUACACGCUCUUCGCCUACAACGAAGCGAUACUUCUCCGCGCCACCAAUGACCUUCGUGUUUGGAGAGCCGUGUUAAUUGGAAUUCUGAUCUGUGAUGCGCUGCAUCUGUAUGCGAGCUGGCUUGCGAUUCCAGACGUGUUUUGGAACCCUGCAGCGUGGAGGUGGGAGGAUUGGGUCAAUUUGGGGAGUUUGUGGGGACAAGGCGCUGUGAGGAUUGCGUUUUUGAUGGGGGUUGGUUUGGAGGGGAAUACUCGUGUCAAGGCCGACUGAGAGUAAUGAUGAGGCUGAAUGGGAUGGAUGGAGAGUGCGGCACAGUCGUCGGCAUUGCAAUCUUGGCGAUCUGGCCAGAAGCUUGGCAACCGACACCCUUGUAGGAGCAGUACGGUCGGCAAAUGGAACUGACAGGCAGUUGUUACGGCUGAGCUGAGAGUUCAGCGCGCCAAUACCGCUUCAAGCAGAUACAUUUCUAGCCAUUCAACCCGCCAUAGCAGUUACUGUAUCAAUGAAUUCAGCAUCAAAUUAUUUAA